AUGUCGGAGAAGCUCAAAGACGCAGUCCUCGCAGAGGCCAAAGAGGCCCGCGCAACUGCGCAUGAUGUCGUUACGUCGGGCGCAUACCUGUAUCCGUUCAAGGGCAUAAUAUUCUUUGCAACACACAAAGAUUUGUGGCGUCCGUUUGUCUCUCGCGCUGGCCGAACAAUUACCCUCGGACUCGGCGUCACAAGCGCCAUGUUUUUCUUCACCUACGUGCCGCAGAUGGCCCUCAUGGCCUUCACCAGCGGCCCAUUUGCUGCAAUCUCCGCGGCAAUCUUGGUGCUCAGUGAAAGCUCCGCCAUCACAAAUCUUCUUUCCCGAGCAUUCCUCGUUGAAGAUGCCCUGGUCGACACCUUCGAUGGGACACUUAUCGCACGCGAUCAGGAGCCCCUGGUUGCACAAGGCCGCCAGAUCAAACCCCGAUCUGGAGGGGGAGAUAUAAUGGCGAGGAUGGGUCGAGCAGUCAAGCAACCUCUCGCGCGAUUCAGUCCACGGUCCUUGCUGCGAUCGUUGCUCUACCUACCCCUCAACCUCAUUCCUGUGGUCGGCACUAUGCUGUAUAUUUUCAUGCAGGGUAAGAGGGCCGGUCCAGCGCUUCAUACCAGGUACUUCCAGCUUAAAGGCUGGAAUGCUUCGAAGCGUGAGGAGUGGAUCGCAAACAACAGGGGAGCGUACACUGGACUCGGAAUCGCCGCUUUUGUCUUGGAGAUGGUCCCGUUUGCCUCGAUUCCGUUAUCAUUCACGAACGCUGUCGGCGCAGCUCUUUGGGCUGCUGAUCUGGAGAAAGCGACCAAGUAA